GGUCAGAUGCCUCGCUAGGGCUUUCUUUAUUCUUCCACCUUCGAGAUCGAUUUCUAUUCGAGUCCGGGAGGAGGGAGAGGGGGAGCGAUAGAAAUCGCGAUGGGGGAUGGAUUGUCGGGUUUUUGGUCCCUCUCGGCGCGGUUUUUUAUCGGUUUUCGGAGCUCAAAAAGUCAUUCUUUUCGCAUUUUUUGACCGGAGGUGGAUUUUUUGAGGUGCUGGGUUCGGAAAAGGAAAGGUUUUUGAUUCCUUUGUUGGUUAUUUUGGGCUUAUUUUGAUUUUCCAUUUCUGAUUUAGAAAAUCUUUGCUGUUUUGGAAUCGCGGGAAUUAGGGGUUGUGGGGGAGAUUGGGGGUACCAAUGGGGGAAGUUUUUUUGAUUAAUCAGCAGGAUGCUUGUUUACAGAGAUGCAAGGAUACGCAAGGUCUGAAAAACAGUGAAAGAACGGGUUUUAUAGUUUGGAAUUCGACCUUCUGAUUAAAAAGUUUGAGAGGGAAGGGGUUUUGGGGAUUUGGGGAAGGUUUUGCAGGUGCUGGGAGGAUCUGAGUGUGUUUAAUGGGUUUGUUUUAUUUUUUUUCAUUUGGAAGGAGGUUGACGGAUUAUAUCCUCUUUCAUACAUAAAAAGCCCAACAAAUCCUUGAUUCUGGGCCACCAGUCCUCUAGUAGUUCAUAGAUAGUGGUAGAGUUGGAUCAGUUGAAUGAAUUCUUUCUUCAGCUUCUUAAAAAUUCUAAUUGGUAGGAUGGGCUUCCAUAUGAUGCGUUUCUAAUCCAAAAAAGGAAAAAUUGCUCUUUGGAUUUUAAAAAGGUUUGGAAAAUGGAGACUUUAAACUAUUUUGAGGAUGGACCAAUUGAUAAUUCUGAUGCAGAAGAAGAAUUCCGCAGCUGUUGUGCAGAAGAUGAGGAGUGGCAAGACACAGAGGAAUCUUUAGCUGAAGGGGCUAAGGAAGAACUUGAUGAAUUCUCUUUGAGAAUGUUUUUUAAGGGUGUAUCUGUCUCAAAGGCCAGUGGUCUCGUCUCCAGGGUUUCUGGAAUUGGAGUGGUUAUGGAAAGAUCAUCUGGGGUUCCCAUGCUUAAAGUGCAGAAGAAGCUAGAUUUCUAUGUGCAGGAAUUAGUGGCAGAGCACUUAGCUUUAUUGGAUGGUCUGUUGGUGGCUCAGCAGAAUGGCUUUCGGAAGAUCUAUGCGUUCACAGAUUCAGAAAGCCUUUAUUAUCAGAUUGCGGAAACAGAAAUACUUGAAGACCCACUUUUGGUAGCUUUAGGCCACAGGAUUCUGGAACUUGCUGAUAAACUAGAAGACUUUGAUUUAACGCUGGUUUCUAGCUUUGAACUUGAGAAGCCGUUACACUUGGCCCAAGAAGCAGUUGGCAUCGCCCCCUUGACUUCUGAUGGAUCAAUUGAUUAUUGUUCUAUCUGUUGUGAGGAGAAGAAAAGUUUGCAGAUGAUAAAGAUGAACUGUUCCCACAAAUUUUGUUCUGAUUGCAUGAUUAUGUUUGUAGAAACAAAAUUACAGAGUUUACAAGUUCCUGUUAGGUGCCCACAAGCAAGAUGCAGGCAUUAUAUCUCGAGCAGUGAGUGCAAGUCUUUUCUUCCAGUUACUAGUUAUGAUUUAUUCCAGAGAGUCACGAUGGAAGCUGAUGUGCUUAAUGUAGAGAGAAUCUAUUGCCCCUAUCCAAAUUGCUCAGUGCUACUUAACGCUAGCCAGCAUUUAUCCUCUCGAGCAAGCUCUUCAAGUCAGUCUGACUUCAACUGCAUUGAGUGCCCAGAGUGUCACAGAAAUAUCUGCAUCAGUUGUGGUGUGCCAUGGCAUUCCUUGAUGACAUGUCAGGAGUUUCAAAACCUACCUGAAGAGGAGAGAGAUGCAGGGGAUAUCACUUUGCAUCGGUUGGCACAAAAUAAUAGGUGGAGACGUUGUCAGCAGUGCAGGCGAAUGAUUGAACUCACACAGGGGUGCCACCACAUGACCUGCUGGUGUGGACAUGAGUUCUGCUACACCUGUGGUGCUGAAUACAGGGACGGAAUUCAGACUUGUCAGUGUGUAUUUUGGGAUGAUCGGAGCAUCGAAUCCUCUGUUGAACCGUCCAAUCAGGAAUCAGAACUGUGGACUUGGGAUUCUUUUGAUACUCCAGCAGCAGCCAUUGAAGGGUACUCAGAGCAAGAAAGAGCCCAGCUGGCUCUGAUUCAAAGGUUCCUUGCAGGAGGAUUCAGCUUGAGCGACCACCACCCCUGCCAGUCACCACCUCAUUGUUCGGACUCGUACAUCGACACCAUGAAAGACCUCCACCAGCUACCAUGGCUCGAGAGGUUUGUCUCGGUCAUUAGUGACAGCUACCAUGAAGAUUUUAUCCAGUGAACACGAUCCAGCACUGAAUGCUUAUAAAAUUUGUGUAAUAAGUUGCUGGAUUUUUUCUUUACCUGGUUUACAAAAGGAUGUGCAAGCACUAUUACCCGCAGUUGCUAUAGUCUGCUUCACUACAAGCUAUGGUUCUUUCUGUAUCUACUUUAAUGUUGAUAAGUAGAAUCUUCAUAAAGAUGAUUCUAUUUGUAAAAAUAUGUAAUGUUCUUAUACUCUCUUGAGCUUUUGUGGCAUGGUAUUCUGGAGUUGAUACAGGUUAA